UUGACUAUGGAACGCGGGGCCACAGCUAGAAAUGAGCCCAUGGACAAAGGCUCUUUGUCUAUAGCAUAUGGAUCUGAAUCCCACAGCCUGAGUCAGGUCUUGGCCACAGAACCUACCCAGUGCUGUUGAAGACGUCAAGGAUCUUGUAGUUAGUAAUAUAGCAAUAAGGUUGUGGCUGUGACCUGGUGGCACCCAGGACUGACCACCCCUGCCUCCUCCCGAGGUAUCAUGAGCUCAGUCAUGUGCUUCUCUGGGGGACUCUGUUUUUGCUGCUGAACCCCAGUGCCCAUAUGUACGGGGAGGGUCACACAGGGCAGUAGAGUAAAUGUGCCCAGAGAGGUUAGCUAAUCUACCCAGUCACAGAGCUAGCAGGAAGUAACUUAGAGCAAGAGCAGGACUUCACUGCACUCUCUGGGAGCCUCUGCCAAACAGUUGUAACCUUUAGGGUGUCCUAGGUAUGGGGUGCAUAGUGUUCCCUUAGGUCCACGUUUCUGAGAUUAUGAUGUUGCAGGCAGGGGCCAGCUGGGUUGUAGACUGCCUUCCUUGGGCACUUGUAUGCUAGGCAACUGGACCUUGGAGGAGUUACCCACAAGUCCGCACCUUCUGGGAGUUCUUGAGCUGUCCAGGGAGCUUAUGGGAAGGACACUAUGACCUAGGCAUCUGGGGUAUCCUGAGCUGGGCUUCACUCACUGGGUGAGAAGUGGGCAUUGGGUGGGCCUUUCAGGCAUAUGGGGGUAGAACUGUGGGUGAUUAUGGCGGCCAUUGAGACAAAGCCUGGAGGGGUAUGGCCCUCUUGAUGGGCAUUUGAUAUAAGCAGAUGGCUGUUGGAGCCUCUGAAGCUAUCUGGGUUUGAGACCAGGAAUCAAUGUCAGGUUCCAGGCAAUACUGCUAGUUAAGCUCUCAGUGGCACCUGUGGCCCGGUAUUCUCAGCCUAUAACAUCCAUAAGAGUCCUGUCUGGCCAGCCUGGGUCCUACUCCCUGCCUCCACCAAGGGCCUGACACCCAGGGGAGGAAGGGUAUUUAACUGCAGGAGUUGGCUGUGGUCCUGGCUCUCCACACUCCCCAUGGACUCUGUCUGCAGUGCUGAUUCCUGGGAAAGGCCUGGCUGCCAUCCUGCGGACACUUUACCUGUUCCACGAUGAAGAGUAUGCCCGGGCCCAUGGCCUGCCUGAGGACUUGCUGGUGCUACCAAGCACUAUGCACAGUACCAGGGCUUUGUGGUCAUCCACGGCACGGACACCAUGGCCUUUGCUGCCUCAGUGCUCUCCUUCAUGCUGGAAAACCUGCAGAAACCCAUCAUCCUCACUGGUGCACAGGUGCCCAUCCAUGCACUGUGGAAUGACGGCCGUGAGAACUUGCUGGGGGCCCUGCUCAUGGCCGGCCAGUACAUCAUCCCUGAGGUCUGUUUGUUUUUCCAAAAUCAGCUUUUUCGAGGCAACCGAACCACCAAGGUGGAUGCUCGAAGGUUUGCAGCCUUCUGUUCCCCCAACUUGCCCCCUCUGGCCACUGUGGGUGCAGAUGUCACAAUUAACCAGGAGCUAGUGCGGAAGGUCAGCGGGAAGGACCAGCUGGUGGUGCACAGCAACAUGGAGUGCAACGUGGGCCUGUUGCGCCUCUACCCGGGGAUUUCUGCCUCCCUGGUCCGUGCCUUCCUGCAGCCCCCACUGAAGGGUGUGGUCAUGGAGACCUUCGGCUCCGGCAACGGGCCCACCAAGCCAGACCUGCUGCAGGAACUGCGGGCGGCGGCUGAGCAAGGCCUGGUCAUUGUCAAUUGUACCCACUGCCUUCAGGGGACAGUGACCUCAGACUACGCAUCUGGCAUGGGUAUGGCAGGUGCUGGCAUUGUCUCAGGCUUUGACAUGACGUCAGAAGCUGCCCUGGCCAAGCUGUCCUAUGUGCUAGGCCAGCCAGGGCUGAGCCUAGGUGACCGUAAGGAGCUGCUGGCCAAGGACCUUCGUGGGGAGAUGACGGUACCCAGAGCAGAGGAGGACCGGUCCUCACUGCAGGGCAGCAGGGUAGCAUGGCUCCUCAGUCUAAACAGCAGCCAGGAGGCUAAUGACAUGCAGGACAUCCUGAUGCCUAGUCUGGUCCUGGCUGCAGCCCAUGCUGGUGACCUGAACACUCUGCAGGCCCUCGAAGAGCUGGGCAGAGAUCUACGCUUAGAGGACUGUAGUGGUCAAACCCCACUGCAUGUGGCUGCACGGAGGGGCCAUGCUGCAGUGGUCACCAUGCUGCUGCAGAAGGGUGUGGAUGUGAAUGCCCAGAAUGAGGAUGGCCACAGUCCACUGUUGCUGGCUGUGAGGGGCAGGCAUCAGAGUGUCAUUGGGCUGCUGCGGGCUGCUGGGGCUUCCCUGUCUCCCCAGGAGCUGGAGGAUGUCGGGACAGAACUGUGCAGGGCAAGUAACCCCACAUACCCUUUCCAGCCAGGAUGCCCCUGUGGCCUGCUAGAGUCCAGGGCCUUCUUGAACCCUAUACCUCCUGGGUCUCCUCCAGCUGUCUGUGUUUCCUUCUGUCUUGAGACCGGCCAGACACCUCGCAAAGGCUGUGUUGUGAAAUAUGAAACUGUCAGGGGAAUGCCUGGCAGGCUGGCAUCCAGAGCGGACAGCGAAGGCUUGCAAGCGUGGUGGCAGGCAGGGGCUGACCUAGAACAGCUAGGCUAUGAUGGGCAUUGUGCCUUGCAAGUAGUCUCUCUCCCCCUCAGGCUGAAGCAGCUGGGAAUUCGGAUGUGGUGGCCCUGCUGCAGAGCUUUCAGGGCAGGGUUGGUACCCAGCCCCAGGCCCCCUAAGUUGCAGGGCAGAGCUGGCAUCCCCUCAGUGAGCUUCCAUUGGUCUGUGGCUGGAUCCUGGCACCUGGUGUCCCAGAGCGGGUUCUGGAGACAGCCUGAUGAGGCUGAGACAGGCAGCCAAACUGUACAGAGCCUCUCUUGGGAGCUUCUGGGAGGAACACGCUGUCUGAGGAGAUGGGGGCUACUGGAGGAGCUUGACAGUCUUGCUUUGGGCGCCUGGGAGGGCCCCGCAGCGUUCCACCUUGCCUGAGGAAUUAGGCCUGUAUCCAGAUGGCAUCCAUCCCCAUUUCAUUAUCUGGUAGUCCUGGAGUUUGGACACUGACUGGGUAUAGACAGGGCACCCAGGGUUGGGUAGGGCUAGGGAAGCCCUGCCUCUUUACCUGGGCCUCCACGUGUCCUCAGCAGACCUCGUUUCCAGGAAGUGCUCCCUGGCCUCUCACCUGCCAUCCUACUGUAGUGUGAGACCUUCCUUACUGCUGGAGGGACCUCACCCACACUGACCCCUUUUGCCAAGACAGUGUCCUCUCUGCUGGAACUCCCAGGCCUGUUUGCAAGACAAAUUGGGAGGUCUUUGUUGAACAGAAUGUCAAUAAAGUUGUUGUGGGGGACAGCUGCCUCCCCAGGUCU